AUGCUUCUCACUGGUGCUUUCAUCUUUGUGAUGAUGGUGUUGUAUGUUGAUGGGAAAUCCAAGUUACCCAAAGACCAAUUCACCUGUCCUUCUGGUCUUGCUGCAAAAUGUGUUGGAAGUUCUGGUACGCUAGAAUUCUUAAUAAGUAUUGUUAGCCCAUUCCCUUUGGGGAAUAACCAAAUCAAUCCCAGGACUGGUAUUAAUCACCCACUACCUAACACUCACCACGCUCAAAAACUUCAGUCAACUCAUAGUAACAACCUUCUUACUAUUAAAUACUCAGGCCCCAUAGAUCCAACUGAAGUAAAGGGUAAAAAAGGAGUUUAUAAAUGUGAUCUUGCAGUAUCUGGUAUGGCAUGUUGUUCAGGGGGCACUUGUAUGAAUCCACAAUCUUGA